CAGAGAAACCGAGGGACAAAAGGAGGAACAGGGUGUUAGGACGGGCCUUGGAGGGCUCGGAUGGAAGCAUCCAAAGCCAGCUGGUCUGGCUUUGAGGUAAAUCAAUGGUAGCAGAAAGAAGAAGAAGAAGAACAAGAGGAAGAGUUGCAGACAGAACAGGAACAAGGAGACAAAGAAAGUAAAUGUGAGGAGGAGGAGACGAAAACAGCAGCAACAAACAGGUUGUCUUGCAACGAGUGCAUCGAGAAGAGUGAAAGCAGAGCAAACAAGAACAGAGACAUUUGCGCCAUGUGCUAGGAGAGUGGAAGAAGAGCGUUUUGUUGUUUUUCUGAUAUUGUUGAGGUGUCAGACAGACCAGAGAGGACACAGCCAUGGGGCGGAAGAAGAUACAGAUCACCCGGAUCAUGGAUGAGAGGAACAGACAGGUUACCUUCACAAAGAGGAAGUUUGGCUUGAUGAAAAAGGCGUAUGAGCUGAGUGUACUAUGUGACUGCGAGAUAGCCCUCAUCAUUUUCAACAGCUCUAACAAACUGUUCCAGUACGCCAGCACAGACAUGGACAAAGUGUUGCUGAAAUACACAGAGUACAAUGAGCCCCAUGAGAGCAGAACCAACUCUGACAUUGUAGAGAAAUUGAGAAACAAAGGCCAUAAUGACUGUGCUAGUCCUGAUCCCAGUGAUGACUGUUUUGGGCACAGCCCCCUCAUGGACGACCAUUUCGGCAAACUAAGCGAAGAGAGUGAUUUAUUGUACAAGCGCUGUGGUCCUGCAGCGUUGCCUCAGCAGAGCUUCUCCAUGCAUGUGGCUGUGCCUGUAUCCAAUCCUAAUGCCAUGUACCAGCCGGGAGGAUCUCUGGGCAGCCAGUCUCUGGCAGUGGCCACGACCUCUCUGAGCGACAGUGGGAUGCUGUCCCCUCCACAGGCUUCUCUGCUCAGGAAUGUGGGCUCCAACGGAGGCCCCCAGAGGCCCACCAGUGCAGGAAAUGCAGGGAACGGUUUCGUCAACCCCAGGGGCUCCCCGGGCCUCCACAGCACAGCCAGUGGCAACGGCCUGGGUAAAGUCAUGCCCACCAAGUCUCCACCACCUCCAGGGAACAUGGGGAUGGGAAACCGCAAGCCUGACCUGAGGGUUGUUAUCCCUCCGUCGAGCAAAGGGAUGAUGCCCCCACUGUCAGAGGAGGAGGAAAUGGAUUUGAACACCCAGAGGAUAAGCAGCUCCCAGUCCACCCAGCCGCUGGCCACACCAGUCGUGUCUGUUACCACCCCCAGUUUACCCCCGCAGGGCCUGGUCUACUCAGGCAUGCCCUCCUCCUACAACCCUGCUGACUACUCCCUGAGCAGUGCAGAGAUCUCUUCCCUACAGGGCUUCAGCUCUCCUGGGCUCUCAUUGGGCUCCAUGUCGGCAUGGCAACAGCAUCAACUGAGCCAGGCAGCUCUUAAUUCUUUGGUCGGUGGAGGUCACCUAACUCAGGGCUCCAGCCUGUCCAUCAACACCAGCCAGAGCAAAAGCAUCAAAUCGGAACCCAUUUCACCACCGCGGGAGCGCAUCACCGCGUCCAGCUACCCCCAGCAGCAGCAGCAGCAGCAGCAGCAGCAGCCGCAGCAAGGGUCCAGCCGACAGGAAGUCCUGGGGCGCUCCCCCGCUGACAGCCUCAGCUCCUCCUGUAGCUCUUACGAUGGAAGCGAUCGUGAAGACCACCGGCCAGAUUUCCACUCCCCGCUGGGGCUGGGCAGACCCCCUGCCAACUCUGAGGACAGGGAGAGCCCCACGGUCAAGCGUCUGCGCAUGGACACAUGGGUGACAUAAAGUGUCCCGCUCAAGCCUCCAGUCACCAGCCGGUCAGAGAAAGGGAGGGGUUAGACAUGGAGAUGACAGAAAGAACAAGGGUCCUUAGAGCUAUUAUUGUUAUUAUUAUUAUUAUUAUUAUUGUUGUUAUUAUGAUGACGAUACUAUUAUCCGACUCCAUUUCAAUUUUUAUACGACUGAGAUGUAAUCUAAAGUCAAUUGUCAAACUGAUACAGUAACAUUUAAAAAGACAUCUCAGUUGGUGGCUGGACUGAAUUAUCGCGUGCCCAAGCAGGUGGUUUCAGGUACUUGGUGCAAUCCAGACUUCUGCAGGAGAAAGAAAACUGUUGAACAAUAGGAGGUAGAUUAUUGUAGUCACUGGUCUCGUCAGACACCUACAUGUAGAUGCUGUUUUUUUUUGCUGUUGUGCUCGCAUGUUGCAAACAAUCAGAGAAAGUCGUGUUGAGGACCCUCACGUACAACGUUAACUGCAAGAACUAUCACUUUAAGACUAUGCCGUUACCACCACACUAGACCUUUGUCUCCACCGGCCUCCUCUAAUUUAUUGACCGAGUCGAUCAGGAGAUAACGACAGCAUGGAGACUAUCCAUACGAGCCUAUACAGGAACACAAGAAACAACAGUUGAGGACACUUACGUGAAUAAAUGUAAAACGUACCGUUGGGGAGGUGAAAACAAAAAUAGCAUAGCAACAGAAUUUAUUGCAAUAAUGACAUACGAUUCAUUUUAUAAUUUUAAAAGAGUAGGAUAUGCAGUCUAAAUGUGCAAUUAAGGUAUAAAGCAAACAUGUCCAGUUGAACUGGUGAGAAAAAGCCACAUCUUCACAUUUGUACAUCAGUAAUAUAAGCCAAAGCUGUUCUUUUGUGUUCUUUUGUACAGUUGCUAUGGUUUCCCAACAGUACACACAUAAACACAUCAUAUCCUUUGCCAUCGUU